GCGUUUCAGGUUACGCAGCGUAUUCGAUCAACUUUUGGGCGAAAGCAGUCUUUAAAAGUAGAUUCAGCUCGCUUUUCUUACUAGUAACCCGACGAGUGACACAAACAUGAGCGACACUGACAGAGAAUUCAGAGAGAAGGUAAGUUGCGUUUGUGUACAACAUGAUAGCGUUGGAGAGAAAAUGUCGCAUCAUUUAGCUAUCGUUAGCUUCAAUGUUAGCCGUGUUUGUUUUGUGUUCUUGCGAAAAUGGCAAGGACACGUCUUCAAACCAAAGACGACAUUGUUUAAUUCCAACUCAAAUGUAUCUCUGUGUUUAAGAAUAUGCAUUGUGAAUACGCUAAGACAAGUAAAACAUCGCGCCGUAGUCCAAAGACUAGGCCGCGGCCUUACCAUGCUUUCAUUAUUCAAGCGCCAUUCAACGGCCGCCUUUGCUUACUGUAACAUUAAAGGCCUACUGAAAUGAGAUUUUCUUAUUUAAACGGGGAUAGCAGGUCCAUUCUAUGUGUCAUACUUGAUCAUUUUGCGAAAGUGCCAUAUUUUUGCCGAAAGGAUUUAGUAGAGAACAUCGACGAUAAAGUUCGCAACUUUUGGUCGCUCCUCACAGCCUCACCUUGUGUACAAUCAUGGCCACCAGUAGCGAGAGCGAUUCAAGCCGAGAAAGUGACGAUUUCCCCGUUGAUUUGAGCGAGGAUGAAAGAUUUGUGGAUGAGGAUAGUGAGAGUGAAGGACUAAAAAAAAAAAAAAAAAGACAAUCAUGGCCACCAGUAGCGAGAGCGAUUCGGGCCGAGAAAGCGACGAUUUCCCUGUUAAUUUGAGCGAGGAUGAAAGAUUUGUGGAUGAGGAUAAUGAGAGUGAAGGACUAGAAAAAAAAAAAGACAGGGCAGUGGGAGCGAUACAGAUGUUAUUAGACACAUUUACUAAGAAAAUUCUGGAAAAUCCCUUAUCUGCUUAUCGUGACACUAGUGUUGUAGUGAGAUUAUACUGUCAUACCUGAAAGUCGGAGCGGUGUGGCCACCAUACUUGCCAACCCUCCCGGAAGACUCCCGAAAUUCAGCGCCUCUCCCGAAAACCUCCCGGGACGAAUUUAAAAUUGCAAUUUAGUAAACUAAAAAGGCCUUAUUGGCAUGUGUUGUAACGUUAAGAUUUCAUCAUUGACAGAGUGGUCGGUAGUAGUGGGUUUCAGUAGGCCUUUAAACAUAGUCAUUAUUAUUAAAGACGUCAAUAUCUACAGUUUUAGCAAAUAUGAUGUUAAGGAAAUAUUUUAUGCUGUACUAUAAGACAUAUUGGGGCCACAUUGUAAAGAAAUCAUAAGGUUGUAUUUAUGCAAGCCUAAAGGAGUAUGUAAAAUUUGUGUGAAAAUGUCAAUAAUCGCAAGUUAAAAGUAAAUCAUUGUAUGAUUUUUAUUUUUUAUUUUAAAACUUUGGAAAAAUGUCAAGCUGCUUUUUGUUGCCUUAAACUGUAAUCCUGACUUUACUUUGCCAAUCCUUUCAGUGUGGCCCUAAUAAUAUUUAAUACACUACUGUUUUAGCACUGUGUUUUUUUUGUGCCACUUGGUAUUCAUGCUAAAAACAACAACUUGCCUUAUCACCCUUGUUUGUUCUUUGUUAAGGUUGAGGUUGGAAGAAAAGAAAAAGGCGGAAGAAGUUUCAGACGCAAAGUUGUUUUUUGUUUGAAGCCGAUGAUGCUGUUGAUGCAUGCUAAUGUAUUGGAAGCGGAAAAAAGAAGAUCUGCCCCUCGACUAGUGUUGUAAUGGCAGAUGCUAAAUUGGGGAAGAGGAUCAAAAAAGAAGCCUUAAGAAUGUCAAAGAGAAGAAAGAAGAAUGAAGGGUUGUUUUGAAGUAAUGAAGUAAAAGAAGUAAUGAAGUUAUGAUCAGAAGUUUGGCCGGGAGUCACAGCAUGGCUCGGGGAGUUCCUCCCCUCGACGAUCUUUAAAAUCGGCCAGCCGCUCGCCGGCACGCUCCAGAGGAGGAUCCCACCGUUCUAGGUCGCGGUCUCGUUCGCUGUCCAGGUCCAGGUCCAGAUCCAAAUCCAAGUCGAGAUCCCGUUCUCAUCGAAGCUCGCGCAGAAACUACUCGCGCUCUCGCUCCCGCUCUCAUCGCCGUCGCUCCAGAAGCCGCUCUGGCAGCGGUGGAUCCCGCCGCCGCAGGAGUCACAGCCGCUCUCCCAUGUCCAACCGCCGACGGCACAUCGGCAACAGGGCCAACCCAGACCCCAACAUGUGUCUGGGUGUGUUUGGCCUGAGUCUGUACACCACCGAGAGGGACCUGAGGGAGGUGUUCUCCAAGUACGGCCCCCUGGCGGACGUCAACAUCGUGUACGACCAGCAGUCUCGCCGUUCCAGGGGCUUUGCUUUCGUCUACUUUGAGAACUACGAGGACUCCAAGGAGGCCAAGGAGCACGCUAAUGGGAUGGAGCUGGACGGUCGCCGGAUCCGAGUGGAUUUUUCCAUUACCAAGCGAGCACACACCCCUACCCCUGGCAUCUAUAUGGGAAGACCCACAUAUGGCGGUGGUGGUGGUGGCGGCGGCGGCGGAAGCAGUAGCAGCGGUGGCGGCGGCGGCAGCGGUGGUAGCUCAUCGAGGCGCAUGUCAAGGGACUACGACAGAGGAUACGACCGAGGUUAUGACCGGGACUAUGAUCGCUACGAGGACAGAGAGUACAAAUCGUACAGACGAAGGUCUCCAUCACCUUACUACAGCAGAGGGUACCGAUCUCGAUCCAGAUCACGGUCCUACUCCCCACGCCACUACUGAGCAGUGAGUCGUCGUCCAAUGUUUUAUAUUUGUUUUGACCACGGCACGGCGAGCAAGUACACACUUCCUUUUAAUGUCUGCGGAACCUUCAUUAGUGGUGGAGGGGGCAUGGAAAUACAACAGAAUCAUUUUUUGUGCACAGCACUCCAAUCCCUGAAUUUUCAACUUGCUUUGCUGUAAAACCUCAAAUCCAAAAUGACAAUGUAAUGUGGUUGCAAAGUUAAAAGUGCAGAUUUUUGUAGUGUGAAAUUGGCUUUGAAGUCUGGAUGUUUUUUUUUUUUUUUAUAUAUACAAGCAAGUUUGUCAGUGACAUUUCCAGCUUCAUGUAGUGAUUUGUAUGCAGCUGCUUUUCUUUUUUGGCCUUCCUCUUGACGGUUGUUCAUGGUCUCACAUGUUCUGUAGCUAUUGUUCCAAGAAGUCUCUGUCAUCAAACAUAAAACAUGUUUUUCCUCUACAGAUCAAAUCCAUACUUUUUGCAUUGUAUUGAAUACAUCUUUACUCAAGGUGUUGAAUGUAGAAAUCUUCUGUUAGUAAUACAUUUUGUCACAGGUUUCCCAAUGUUAAGGAGUAAAAUAUAAUAAAAUGUAUAUAAUUGCUUAGGUCCCUUCUGCAGUUUAGUCAUGAGUCGGCUGCACUCGGUCUGAGUCUUAUGUUAAAGUACAUUUUAUUGUUUUGAGUUCCAAAUAAAAGAUCACAGGAUCACAA